CGUGUGGUUGUCCUCUGGUGUUAUUUAUUCAUGUAUUUAUAUGUAUAAAUACAUACAUGUAUAUCAGGUAUAUGUAUAUGUAUGUGUAUGUGUAUGUGUAUGUGUACAUGUAUAUGCAUAUUAUUGAAGAACUACCCACAGACCGAAGUAUUGUACAAAAUAAACAAGUUUGUAGUUUCUACUUUCCUAUGUAGUGUUGUAGAGCUCAGAGGACCAUCAAUAACACAAUUACACGCGGCAAAAAAAUUGGGUGCCCCUCAUCUUAGGACAACCUUUUCAGCCAUUAUAUAUGUAUACUCUUCUUUGGGGACCAAAAGGGAUAGCUGUGUCCUUUUUUCAAGCUGAUCUGUAUUCAAUAAACGGCAGGUUUGUUCGAAUGUUACAGGAUUCAUGUCAGUCAUUGAAUUCACUUGCAUCCGCAUAUAGACUGUCCGCACAUGGACUGUGAUUGAUGCCACAAAUAGCUGUUUCUAUUGUGAGUGACUGUGAGACUCGGUUCUGCGGGUAACUAAUUUCCUACACCAAGCUUACACAUCAGUAUAGAUAUCGAAAGUUUGUAUACAUAUACACACAUCAAAAUAUAUUUCAUUGACUCAUAUACAUCUAAAUAAAUAUAUGUGUGUAUAGAUUCCUCUCCAGUCUGUUAGUAUGUCGCGGUUUUCAGCGCUCCAGCUCGAGAACGUGCAACCAGACCAGCCUCUCAAAUACACACAAAACAAUGCAAAACAAUGCAGUCAGCCAGUUGAAGUGCAGGCUACUACUAUGCUCAAUAAAGGAACACAAACUAUUGCUAGAACGCUCGAAAGCAAUACCGAUGUAUCAAAGAUUUGUAGUCAAUCUCGCCAAACCGAUGGCAACCACCCAAUAGCGGCACUUAAUUCGGGAUUCGAUACACCGGAAAGAGACAAUACAAAGCUAGAUACACAUGCAAGCGACACGACAGAGGUUGUAGGAGGGGAAGGGGUGACCGGAUCACUCACCGACCGCAUGCUAGGCACUGUGCAGGCCUUUUGCACUGUCCACGGGUUGAAACAGAACGACUACGAAGGCAAAGCGUACCACAUUCCGGUGUUUACACCCCACGUGCGCAUAGUUGAUGUGGAUAGCGCCCACGCCUUAACCCUGGCGGUGACUGAGAUUGACAAAGCAUUAGACUGUGGGGAUGUGAGAGCCAGGGUCAUGUCUGUGGACUGUGAAGGGGUGGAAUUAGGGCGGAGGCGAGAGAGCAAGAAGGGGCUGAAGGGCGUGUUGACACAUGUGCAGCUGUGCGUCAGCGGCGUACGGAGACCGACACACAUGCACCCAUUCAGCGAACCCAAUCCAUUGAACGACAACACUCGGUAUGCUGCGAAUACCUCGCACAAUACAGAUACGCUCAGGCAAAUCAAUGCAUCGAACGACAGGACUGCGUGUGUCGCGAAUAGUUCGGAGCACUCGGCCCUAGACACUGUGUACAUCUUCUAUGUGCACGUGUACCCAGAGUGUGUGCCUGCGCUGGAUUCCUGGCUGUCCGAUGUGUCUGUUCUCAAGGUGUUCUGGGACCUGCGCCUGGACACCGACGCGCUCUACCACCAGGCGGGUAUACAGGUGAAGUAUGCGAUGGAUCUGCAGCUGAUGGAUGUGCUGUACUGCCGUAAGUACCGGACGAUGAAUGUACGUACCAGACGCUCCAUGGAUAAGGCUGUGGUAUUCUACCAUGUGCGAGAGGCUUUGGCCCAGGGUGUGUGGGAGCGUUUCCAUGGGAAUGGUGCUCGCUUGUCGGAAAAGGAGCAGAGUGCCACGGAUAGUAGAAGUCGUUUUGAGAUAUUGGAUAGCAAGGUGAAGGCUGAAAAUACAGCCGACAGCGACGAAGCUCGCUCAUUGAGGCGUAUUGAGAGUGCUACGGACUGUGAACCGAGUGCGAUGAUCAGUGAUACCAGUAGAGCAGAUUUGAUGUCGAGUGAUCUAGCUACCAAAGGUCUGUCGCAUACCGACACACACGGAGGAGGCGAGCAUGUCAGCUGUGACAUGACCGCGGAUACAGUGUCAGAUACAAGAGAAAACAAGGCUGACGGGAAGACUUUGGACGUCAAUCAGCCUAUAUCAAUGAAGGUACAGCAGAUACGCGAAGACAUUACGAGCACAAUGAGUAGGCUAGCCAUACAGGAGGGGCAAGCAGGACCCCACAGUGACCUGAUAGUGACCACCAGUGGGGGUACUGGGGUCGACUAUGCUUCUGUAGCAAAUACCCGGAAGGAUGUGCGCUCAGACUCCGUAGGGGAGGGUGAUACCGGGAACCAGAAGACACUCAGAGAUCUCAAUUCUGUGGAUCUAGAUCCAGAUUCAUAUCUAGAUCGCAGUGUCGAGAACUGGUGGCUGUGCUUCGGCACCCACCCCUUACCCGCCAGCGCCCGCAGAUACGCGGCGUUUGACAUUGUGGCGAUACACGGUCUUUGGACUGUACUGAUACAGAAGGUGACACUCAAAGACGUCGAGAAGUGUGCCAGGCGGUCGGCCUAUGAUCUGCAGUACUGGCGGAGUCUCCGUGGGUCGCGUACGGGUGGGAGAUCUACGCGCGAGGAUUCGAAGCUGCCGGGGCUGCACCAGUGGUGAGGUGAUGGACUGCUCUAGGUAGGUACGCGGUGGGGUGCAGCAGAUGUCAGCAACGAAGUAUAAGGCAAUGCCACGGAAACGACAACUCGCAAGGUGAUAGGCGUAUACCUGCAUCAAGGGUGUGUACUAGUGAUGGCAGGCGUUUAUGUUCGUCGGCGAGACGUUUCGCAUGUAGCUUACGGUUGUUCAACAGUCUGAGCAAGUACGAUCGCGUGCACGUGGGCAGUACGUUCGGGAGGAUUCUCAGCUAAUAUGGCUACGCCAUUGCCCAUGGACUACUUAUUUCGUCACUGACGACCCUGGGAAAUGACGGGGAUCUGAAUGGCAAACCAGAACUGUAGCAGUUAGACGCAUAGUACUGGCCACUAUGUGAUGCAUGUCCCUCGUAAGCGUUGCGAGAAGAAGCUCAGGAGGUUAUUAAAGAGGUCGAGAGUGGGGAAGAAAAUAAAUCCAAACAGCU